UUUUCUGUUUCCUUCGCUUGAUGCUGCAUUUCCUGAGUGUAAAGAAAACCAUACAAUUGAGUGAACCUCCGUGACAACACAUACAUGAUACAUACAGAACAAACAACCGUGCCCAAGGCGGGACUCGAACCCUUCUGACUGAGCGCUGAGUCGAUACACGCUCUUAGCCAGUCGGCCCUUUUCUUAUAUACAUUUAGAAAAUCAAUAACAUUGAAUGUAUUCUUACCACUGUUACAUUGUUUUACUUAUGUAUUUGAAAUUAUAAUCAACCUUAUGAUUCAGGUUAUUCACUAAAAAGAAACAUUCCAUGUGAAAGUAAUUUGAUCAAUUCAACUUUUUGCGGUAUCGGUAUUCAUCUAAGAGAUCCUUGGUAAAGAACUUGGACAAUUCUCAACUAUUUUUGCCGUUACUUACGCAAUGUAGAUGAAAGUAAAUGGUCAAUAAUUGUGGAACUUCACAAUGAUAUAAAUAUUAAGAAUCAAUUAAUUUAAUAUAUUAAUUAAUUAAUAUGUUUUAGUAUGUUAUAUUCAUAUAAAUAUUAAAUAUCAAAAAAUAUAAAUAUAUAAUUGCACACUCCGCAAAGUUAUUAGAAUGCAUUUUUGUAAAGUUCAUACAUUUCAUUUUUUUUACUUGUCACAUUUUCUCUUCUAUCACAUAUAAUUAUUAGAUUCAAUUUAAAAUAAGGUUUACAAAUAAAAUUUUUCACGCAUGUAAGUUAUUGUUGUCCCUCUGAAAGAUUCACAUCCAAGAUUCCCUACAACAUUAUUUCUCUAGUAUACACGAUUCAACGAACUCUUCAAUAAUAUCACAGAUUCGUUGUCUAAAUUCAGCAUUGCUGUGAUAAUAAUUCACACACUCUGUACUACGGUCUUCAAGCAUAAACUGAACAAAUCGCUUUGGAGUUCUGAAGUGUUCAUCGACGAUUUCUGGCGGUAGAAGCAGCAUCGGCAGAGCAACGGGGGCGAGAAUGACACCCAAAAUGUUGUAAUAUUCGCAACUUUCUUCAAAUUCACUCUUCGGGAACAGUUUUUCUGGGUCCAGGUUUCGCCUGCAAAGUUCUUCCGCAAAUUUAUCGUAGUAGUGAGUUAUCAAAUACUGUCUAUGAUUUUCCCGGAAUGUCUUGUCAGUCAACAAAAACAAAAACGUAAUGACGUCACAAGCCGGUGGCGCAUAUCUCACGAGUUGAAAAUCAACAAAACGCACGUCGAAGGGUUUAUUGUUCUCAGAAUAGCGGAGCAGUAUGUUGCUAGCCCAUAUAUCUGCAUGGCAAACAACAUUACGAAAUUUCGAAGAUGAAUUUACGAUUGUGUUCAUCACCUGGCACACUUCUGGGAUUUUGUCCUUAAUCGAUUGCAGUUUCUUCGCAUCAGUGUUGUACUUCGGAAUAUGAUCCAUAAGCUUUAGAAUACAUCUCACAGCUGCAGGAAACCACCCAAGUUUCCCCUCCAUUCUCAGAGUACUACCCGAUCUCUCCUCCAACAUGUCCGGAUACAUUUCUUUCAGAGUCCUAGUUUCACCUGAAGCACGAUUUUUCUCUUCCAGCACCAGAGUGGCGGCGUGAAAACGCGCCAUCUCACCGAGCACCAGUUCACUCGUCUCCACGUCCAUUACCUCCCGAGCACUAAAGGGUCUGUAGUUCUGCAGUGACAGAUCUUCCAGGACGAUCAGAUCUUCUCGCACCAAGUACGACGCCGGCACCCAGCGGUCGUGGCCUCCGUCGCCUUGAGCGUCCCGCAUCUCCUUCAGCAGCCGGUCAUAGAACGCGGUCUCCUUCACGUAGAAUCGCGUGGACGCGACGUACUCCCUGUGGAUCUGCACCUGCGGGAGGCUCUUGGCGAAGAAGCGUAACUCGCGAGGCGGUGAUGAUCCUUCUUGAACGACGAGCUUCACGCGCAGGUGGUCACUCAUGUAGCCCGCCCGCGGGCCCGCCAGCGGCCGCACAUCCAUGCUCACCACUCGCGCCGCCGUGUGUGGGCCGAGGUAAGCGCUGACCAGUGCCCGGCAGUCGCCAGCACUCAGCAGCUCCGUCUCACUCAUGGCGACGCUGAUACAAUACUGAGCGGUAAAUACUCUUCUCGUCUCGUUGCCUUGACGAUUUUUCUCCUCCCGCCGUGCUUUCCGCCUUGGAGCUGCGCGACCUCGUGACCGCUGUUUCGCCGGCGGCGGUGCUUGCUCCGGCCGCGUGGUGGCGUUGGCAGUGGGCGAAGCCUCAGCUGCGGUAGCGACGCGAACCGAGUCGGCGGUGGUGACUAGCGUGAAAGUGGCAGUGGUGGUGGCGCGGCAGUGGCGGCGGCAGAUACGGCCCGAUGUUGAGUCAACGGAGAGUGAGAGGCGCAGGCAAGAUGGAGGAGAUAACGCAGACGACGGGAGCCGGCAGCGGCAGCGGAUGUCUUGUCUGAAGGUCAAAUUCCGCGAAGAGAUCGCUUCUUACGUCACGGCAAUUUGCCGCUGCCGGCUGGCGAUGUAGAGCACGUCUAGCGGCGGAUGUGCUGCGCACCAGUGUCUCAUUCGGAGAGGCCAGGAGCAGUCGCACAUUCCUCAAUUCAGGAAAGUACUUUCUUAACCUUGCAUUGUAGUUCAGAAUAAUAGAAUAACAAUUAAUACAUUGGAUAAUGGUCCGCGAGCACAAAGAAAAUAGUGUGAAACAUAUUUCCUUUUCCCACAUCGCUAGUGCACAAUAAAAGACGCAUCUAAAAAGUCGUCAAAAAUGUUGAGUUAAGAGACAAAUAUGUUCAGAUGUUCUAUUUUACUUGUUCUAAAUCAUAAAGACCUUUUACAUCGGCAUAUGGAUUUAACCGUUACGCACGGGACAUCCCUAAUUUUGGAGCAUAAUGGUUCAAAAUAAAUGAAAAAUGGUUUACCCCUUUUGAAGGAAAAAAUAUUAAAAAAGUACUUAUUAAAUGGAAAAAAUGAUGUACAGAGAAUAUUCUUUGUGGGUCUUUUUUAAACCGUCAUGUUAAAAAAAAUGUAUAUUGGGCAUUUUGUAACAAUGAAAGAAUUAUUAUUAGACAAAUUCAAUAAUGCUUCUAGAAACUUUAAUAGUUUAAUUAUACCUUUAUUUUAUAAUGCUAUUAUAUUAUAUUGAAAUAAAUGAUACUUACCUGGAUUAUAUUGAACAACAAUGUUUUUUUGGAUCGUUCUUUGAACUGAGCAUCUACGUACAUAUAUACUACAUAAAAAUAUAAACUACGCAUUCGAAAUAAAUUCAUUUGUUAAAUUUAUUUACUUCAAUUUAUAAAUUAAUUUGUGUUUAAAUUUACAUUUGUAGAAUUAUUUACCUUCUACUUAGUUCUUCGAAUAAGUGUAUGAUUGUUAAAAGUAUUUUACUACAGAAAUCAUGUUUUGAUAGAAAUAUCUUUGUGAAAUUUCUGGAUGCUCAGUUUGAGCGCCAAAACAAUAUCUGUAUAGAUCUCAUCGCUUGCCCAAAAUAAUACACCAGGUUUUUAGGCAAAAUAAUUUGGCGAUGAGAAGCAGGCGCCAUACUUCGCCAUACUACCAGAACGUAUAUACUUUAUUUUAAAAACGUAUUUUUUGAAUAUUUUCCAAUGAUUUUACUCUUACAUUUUAACAUAUCUUUUACAGAAAAGGAUACUGAUGUUUAAAUAAGAACAAAAUUAAAUGUGUUCGUGAGAAUAUUUAUUUUGCACCAAAAAUUUGGAAGACUUAUCAAGUUAAGCAAUUAAUAUACAACAUUAUAAUAUUUCUUUAUUUGGCCUGAAAUAAUUAUGUAAAAAGCAAUUAAAAUCAUUUACAAUAUUUGUAAUAAAUUAAUUGAUGAGCUCGUUUAUAAUUCAAUAUUAGAUGAUAAAUGUAAAAAAAUCAAGUUGUUUCAACUCACACACUUCUGAAAGAUUACACACUCAAUUAACUGCAUAAUUAUCAACAUUUUUAGUAUUUUUAUUUCAAAAUACGUGAAUAAUAGUUCUUCCUUUCUCAGUUUUUCAGAAUAUCUUCAUCCACGAGAUCAUAGACUGCAUCCUGCAAGAGAUUUCUAUAAUAUUCGUCUGUCUCAAACCACUCACAAACUUCUAAUUCUCGAUUACACAAGAAGAACUGGCUGAACGUUUCGCCAGAAGAACAAAUAGUGUUUCUCUGCUCUUUAGUAAUGGUAAUAACUUGCAAAUAUAGUGCUGCAAUCACACGUCCGCCGGGAGUCAUGAAUUCACAAGAACUUCUCAACUCAUCAAAAGGACUGCACUUCGAGUACGAAUUCACGAUGGGUGCUGUCAGUUUUUGGGACAUCUUUGACGAAGAAUUUGUGCGUCUGCACACAAGAAUCACUGCAUUCGACUUCCAUCUUGAUAUGCCAUUCAUUUAUUUUCAUUCAGAUAUAAGAAAAAGGAAUGGAAAAAUAAAACUAAUACACAAAUUCAGCAAUUUGAAGAAGCCCAUGAAAUAUUUUCCAGUGGAGGAAUAUGCACUUAUAAAUUUAGCAAUGUAG